AGGCCCAAAGGGGAAAGCCUUCCACUGCAGAUCUAAGCCAGCUGCCCUGAUUUAAACACUUCAUUGCAAGAAGAAGUGGAAGCGAGGGGGAAUCCGCAUGCAUCCCCCCUACCAGUGUGCUCAAAGUACACUGGCAAAGCAGCUGCCCGCUCUACAAGCAACAGACGAGCAGCUACAAAUGGUAGAUUUAGACGUUUGCUGUUAGGUACAGGCAUUUUUGGAGUCCUUCUGCCUCAGACUCUCAGGACUCAAAGGGCACUUGCUUCCCUGAGUGGGGGGUGCUCAAGCAAACUGACCCCUGAGGUUAAGCAGAAUCAGUCUGUGUGAAGCUCUGUGGAGGAGGGGAGGAGGGAACGGUUAGUGGGAGGUGGGAGGCCACAGUGGGGCUCCUGCACCGCUCAAGAAGGAGACGAAGCAGUCGCCGGGAAGCGGGGAAAGAGGAGGAUAUGGCCACGGGAGAAAUCACAACACUUCCCUCCACACCUGAAGGCAGCAGCAGCGGCGGCUUUCCUCCCGGGAGCUUCAAGGAUCCGAAAAGGCUGUACUGUAAAAACGGGGGCUUCUUCUUGAGGAUAAAGUCUGAGGGGGUUGUGGAUGGAAUCCGGGAGAAGAGCGACCCCCACAUAAAGCUUCAACUCCAGGCGACCUCAGUGGGGGAGGUGGUCAUCAAGGGAGUCUGUGCUAAUCGCUAUCUGGCCAUGAACAGAGAUGGACGACUGUUUGGAGCGAGACGAGCAACAGAUGAAUGCUACUUCUUAGAGCGGCUCGAGAGCAACAACUACAACACCUACCGCUCCAGGAAGUACCCGAGCAUGUACGUGGCACUGAAGCGGACUGGCCAGUACAAGUCUGGAAGCAAAACUGGACCGGGUCAAAAGGCCAUUCUUUUUCUACCAAUGUCUGCCAAGUGCUAAUCUGGGAUCUGAUUGAGAAAUAUUAACGUCAUUAGUGGCAGCGACGAAGAAGAAGAAUGUGACGGCAACGAAGACAAAGUGUUCCAUCAACGUUGCCCAAAAAAAUAGCUGUGACGCUUUCAGACUGUUACAUCCUGAACAUGUCUGCUCUUAUUCAGCUUUUACUUUCAAACAGUGGCACGCGUUCACAGCUGGCUGCUUCCCAGUAAAAACCAGGCUUUUGCUGUGGACCAGCCAACUGCUACACUAGUGCAACUGGAGCCAGGUGCCUUGCUCAAGUGCACCCCUAAAGUACGACUAAAGUAUGUUCAUUUUACCUAUACAGAUCUUCCCUCCCUGGCUUCUGACUGUGUAAGCUGCAGUCUGGGAUAUUCUGUUUAGACACAUGUCCUCCAUAAAAAGGGGUAAAGAAAAUGCACUAAAACCAUCAAAUCAAAUUAUUAAAACGAGAGAAGGGCUUUUGUGAUACAAAAUAAAAACUAAGCACACGAAACCCACUAAAAUCAAAACCCAAGCAUUACUUAUAGUUUUUUCUAAAUAUUUUAUACUACUCACCUACCUAUUAUGUCACUACCUUGACAUAAUUAAUGGAUACCAGACAGGUUUCCUGAGCUUGUCUUUGUUUUCUGAUAAAACUGCGUUCCCCAUUUCGUAAGUGUAUAAUUUGAGAUUUGUGCAAAAAGUCCACGUUGCAUGGCACUGGAGCAUAACUUAUACAUUUAUUAAUACGAGAUAAUUGCAGUGAAUGAAGUCUAGUUCUAUGACAGAAAGGCAGUUAACUUGGACAUAAGGAUUGUGACUUUUUUGACCAGUCAGUAGGCUAAUUCAGCAAGGCAGCCAAUAUUAACACAGCUAGCCACUGACGUUGGCUUCUGCCAGGAAAUGGUCAGCCGACACUGGUGGCUAUAGCUUGGUAAACCGACCUGUUCCCAGUUAAAAAAA